GCCAAUAGUUCAACCUAGUGGACUAAAGUUUGGAUCGGGCUAGAUGAGAGGGCUGAAAUUCUCAGGGCCCCGUCUGAACUCGCCUUCCUGUGAUAAACAAUCUCGAUCUUCCUUUUUCCGGCUGCUGGAUCGCGUAUCACACACAGAAAAGCGGUCUCUUGCACGAUGGGUAUCUCGCGUGAUCAUUGGCAUAAGCGCCGCGCCACUGGGGGCAAACGCGCCCCCAUCCGUGGAAAGAGGAAGUUCGAGUUGGCUCGACCCGCGGCCAUGACCAAAUUGGGUCCGCAGCGGAUCCACACCGUGCGCGUUCGCGGUGGCAAUAAGAAGUACCGUGCCCUGCGUCUGGACACCGGCAACUUCUCGUGGGCUUCCGAGUCCAUCGCUCGCAAGACCCGGAUCAUUGAUAUCGUGUACAACGCCUGUAACAACGAGUUGGUGCGAACCAAGACCUUGGUCAAGAACGCCAUUGUCAUCAUCGAUGCCACCCCCUUCCGUCAAUGGUACGAGGCUCACUAUGCCUUGCCUUUGGGUCACAAGAAGGGACAGAAGAGCGGAGGUGGCGAGACCGAUGAGGCUGUGUCUCUGAAAAACAAGUCCAAGAAGACCCAGAAGAAGUUUGCCGAACGCCAAAAAGUCGGCAAGAUCGAACAAGGAGUGGAGGACCAAUUUGUGUCCGGACGUGUGUUGGCCUCAAUUUCUUCACGGCCCGGUCAAUGCGGCCGCGCUGACGGUUACAUCUUGGAAGGCAAGGAGCUCGAGUUCUAUCUCCGCAAGAUCAAGGCCAAGAAGGGACGUUAAAUUCAACGCGGGACGCUCUCACUAUCCUAGCGAACACGCGUUGUUUGUCGAUUACUAUGUGGAAAUAUACGUCUGUCGUUCAGGCUAAAUACACAAUGAUUUCCUUCA